UUGCAGAACUCAAGUGCAGACCACCGUGUAAGGCUGGACCUGGGCCUGUGGGACAAGUUCAGCGAGCUGGCCACUAAGUGCAUUAUCAAAAUUGUGGAGUUUGCCAAAAGAGUGCCUGGUUUCACAGGGCUUACCAUUGCUGAUCAGAUCACACUCCUGAAAGCUGCCUGCUUGGACAUUCUGAUCCUGCGAAUUUGUACCAGGUACACUCCCGACCAGGAUACAAUGACCUUUUCAGAUGGACUGACCCUCAACCGCACACAGAUGCACAAUGCUGGCUUUGGCCCACUCACCGACUUGGUGUUCACUUUUGCCAACCAGCUGCUACCAGUCGAGAUGGAUGACACAGAGACAGGCCUCCUCAGCGCCAUCUGUCUCAUCUCGGGAGACCGUCAGGACUUGGAGGAGCCCUCCAAAGUGGACCAGCUUCAGGAGCCACUGCUAGAAGCUCUGAAAAUCUAUGUGAGGAAACGCCGGCCUAACAAACCAUACAUAUUCCCAAAAACUCUAAUGAAAAUCACAGACCUGCGCAGCAUCAGCGCCAAAGGAGCAGAACGGGUCAUCUCUCUCAAAAUGGAGAUUCCAGGUUCCAUGCCACCACUCAUCCAGGAGAUGUUGGAGAACUCAGAAGGGCAAGAUGGCCAGAUCAACUACCACACUUCAUUUGAGGCUGAGGCAAGACCCAGCAAGGGAAGUACCAUGGAGGACACAGUUGGGUUAAAGCCCUACGAUACAGAGGGGGCUGCAGACACUUAG